AUGUCGGCUUCUUUCGGAAUUUCAUCUAGCUUCAACAUCUUCCCAUCACUGCUGACAAAUGUAGCAAUAACACCUGCUAAUCCUGCUCACAAUGGCCGUGUGUGCAGCACGUGGGGCAACUUCCACUUCAAGACCUUCGACGGGGACAUAUUCACCUUCCCUGGGCUCUGUAAUUACGUUUUUGCCUCCCACUGCAACGCUCCCUAUGAGGAUUUCAACAUCCAGAUUAGGCGUGAAGUGGUGGCAAACACUCCGACAAUCAACCGCAUCACCAUGAAACUCGAAGGUGUCGUUGCCGAGCUAACAAAAGAUGCUGUCAUGGUCGAUGGCAACAGAGUUCAACUGCCAUAUAGUCAAUCUGGUAUUACGAUAGAGAAGAGCAGCAUUUAUGUGAAAGUUGGCAGCAAAAUCGGUGUUGUGUUAUUGUGGAAUGAAAAGGACAGCAUUCUGCUGGAAUUGAAUGAGAAAUAUGCCAAUCAGACUUGUGGACUUUGUGGUGACUUCAAUGGCUUUCCCAUAUACAAUGAGUUUAUUUCAAACAAUAUUAAGAUGACAGCCUUGCAGUUUGGGAAUCUGCAGAAAAUGGAUGGGCCAACAGAACACUGUGAAGAUGCCACUUCUAUCCCAACAUAUAACUGCUCUGAUGAUCUUGAUGACAUAUGCGAGAAAACGCUGACCAGCUCUGCAUUUGCCGACUGUAAUGACCUAGUUGAUGUUAAAGACUACAUUAAGGCUUGCCAAGAUGACUUGUGCAGCUCUGAAGAAUCUAAAAACAGCUCAUGCAUCUGUGACACCAUUGCCGAGUACUCCCGGCAGUGUGCUCAUGCUGGUGGGCAGCCCCUGGACUGGAGAACUUCAAAACUGUGCCCCAAGACGUGUCCUUACAACAUGCAGUACCAGGAGUGCAACUCCCCCUGUACUGACACAUGCACGAAUCCUGAACGAUCUCUGUUUUGUGAGGAACACUGUAUCGAUGGCUGUUUCUGCCCCCCAGGGACUGUAUUUGAUGACAUCAACAAUUCUGGCUGCAUUCCCCAGCAGGAGUGCUCCUGUAUUUACAAUGGCAAAACCUAUGCUACAGGAGCUUCUUUUUCAGAACCAUGCCAGACCUGUACCUGUAAUGGGGGCCAGUGGAGCUGCCAAGACAAGUCCUGCCCAGGAACGUGCUCCGUAGUGGGAGGUUCCCACAUUUCCACCUAUGAUACGAAGCACUAUGAUCACCACGGAGACUGCACCUACGUCCUCUCUAAGGACUGUACAGAUGAAAAAUUUACCAUCCUGGCAGAACUACGCAAGUGUGGCCUGACUGACACUGAGACCUGCCUGAAGUCAGUGACCCUCAACAUGAAUAAAGGACAAACUAUCGUGGAGGUCAAACCUGAUGGCGGUGUGUUUGUGAACUCCAUCUACACCCAGCUGCCCAUUUCAGCAGCUAAUGUCACCAUGUUCAGACCUUCCUCAUUCUUCAUGAUCAUGGACACAAGCUUUGGCGUCCAGGUUGAAGUGCAGUUCACGCCCGUGAUGCAAGUGUUUGUGCGUCUGGAUGCUUCUUUCAAAAACCAGACUUGUGGUCUCUGUGGAAAUUUCAAUAACAUCCAAACUGACGACUUCAAAGUCAUAAGUGGAAUAAUUGAAGGAACAGCAUCAGCAUUUGCUAAUACAUGGAAAACUCAGGCUUCAUGCCCUAAUAUCCAGCAGAGUUUUGAGAAUCCUUGUGCACUCAGCAUUGAUAAUGAAAAAUACGCUCAGCAUUGGUGUGGACUUCUCACUGACAGCACAGGACCUUUUGCUGCUUGUCACUAUGCAGUGAAUCCUGCUGUUUACCACACGAACUGCAUGUUUGACACAUGUAACUGUGAAAAUAGCGAGGACUGUCUGUGUGCAGCUCUGUCUGCCUAUGUGAGAGCUUGUGCUGCAAAAGGAAUCCAGCUGCAGGGAUGGAGAACUGAUGUUUGCACAAAAUACACCACCUCAUGUCCCAAAUCCCUGAGUUACAGCUAUACCAUCUCUUCCUGCCAACCCACCUGCCGCUCUCUGAGUGAGCCUGAUGUCACAUGCAAUAUUAAGUUUGUCCCAGUUGACGGCUGCACCUGUGUAAAUGGAACCUACAUGGAUGAGAGUGGCAAAUGUGUGCCUGCUAAUGAGUGCCCCUGCUACUACAAAGGAUCUCCUAUACCAUUUGGAGAAGUGGUCCAUGAAAAUGGGCGUGUAUGCACUUGUGUCCAGGGAAGACUGAAUUGCAUUGGAGCACCAAAUCCAACUUCAGUCUGUGAAUCUCCCAUGGUCUACUUUGACUGUGAAAACAACACAGCAGGAACAACUGGAGCAGAAUGUCAAAAAAGUUGCCAGACUCUGGAUAUGCAGUGUUAUAGCUCACAAUGUACAUCUGGCUGCAUAUGCCCAGAUGGGCUUGUGUUAGAUGGGAAUGGUGGUUGUAUUCCUGAAGAGGAAUGUCCAUGUAUUCACAAUGAAGCCAUGUAUCAGCCUGGGGAAAAGAUUGACUUCGACUGUAACACCUGUGUAUGCAAGAAUAGGAAGUGGGAGUGUACCAAAGAUCAAUGUCUGGGCACUUGUGCUGUUUAUGGAGAUGGUCAUUAUAACACCUUUGAUGACAAAACGUUCAGCUUCAAUGGAAACUGUGAAUACACACUAGUCCAGGACCACUGUGGCAAAAGUGGCACAGUCAACGGGACCUUCAGGGUUGCCACUGAAAAUGUUCCCUGUGGCAACACUGGGACAACUUGCUCAAAGUCUAUCAAAGUUUUCUUAGAGAGCUAUGAACUGAUCCUUGGCGAAGAGCGUGUCAGUGUCGUAAAGAGAGGGCAGAAUGACGAGGUGCCAUACACAGUCCGCUAUAUGGGGAUGUACCUGGUAAUUGAGACCAAAAGUGGGCUGAUCCUCAUGUGGGACAAGAAAACCAGCAUCUUCAUCAAGCUCAGCCCUCGUUUCAAGGGCCAGGUCUGUGGUCUCUGUGGAAAUUAUGAUGGCAACAGCGUCAAUGACUUUACUACAAGGAGUCAAUCUGUAGUAGAGAAUGUCCUAGAGUUUGGAAACAGCUGGAAAGUAUCCUCUACGUGCCCUGAUGCUGCCAGUGUCAAGGACCCAUGUUCUACCAACCCUUAUCGGAAGUCCUGGUCAGAGAAGCAGUGUAGCAUCAUCAACAGCAAUGUCUUUGCUGCCUGUCACUCUCAGGUUGAACCAGCAAAAUAUUACCAAGCAUGUGUGACAGAUGCUUGUGCCUGUGACACUGGAGGAGACUGUGAUUGCUUUUGUACAGCAGUAGCUGCCUAUGCUCAAGCAUGCAGUGAAGUUGGUGUAUGCGUAGCCUGGAGAAGCCCAACAAUUUGUCCACUGUUCUGUGAUUACUACAAUCAGCAAGGAGAAUGUGAAUGGCACUAUAAGCCUUGUGGUGCUUCCUGUAUGAAGACCUGUAAGAACCCAAGUGGAAAAUGUCUCAAUGACCUGCCAGGUUUAGAAGGCUGCUACCCUAACUGCCCGCCAGACAAGCCAUAUUUUCAUGAGGAUCAGAUGAAGUGUGUUAGUCUCUGUGAUUGUUAUGAUGAUGAAGAUGGAAAGAUAUACCAGCGAGAUGAAUGUAGCAUAUGUGAGUGCACAUCAGAAGGUUUACAGUGCAAGUUCGAUGAUAAAGCCUGCAACUGCAUUUAUGAAGGGAAUAGCUAUAAAUAUGGUGAACUCAUCUACAACACCACAGAUGGAACUGGAUGGUGUUUCAGUGCAACAUGCGAUGUCAAUGGAACAAUAAGCAGAAACAUCUUUAAAUGUGGCAUUUUUACAACAACCCCAUUUACAUUUUCCACAAACUUAUGUUUCCUCCUUUCAAUUACAGAAAUUACAACUGCAACACCAGUGACAACUGUAUGUGUGAAAAAUGUCUGUGUGUGGUCAGAAUGGUAUGAUUCCACUCAGCCUGAAAACAAAGAGGACAGUGGAGAUUAUGAAACAUAUCAAAAUCUCAAGGAUAAAGGAUACAGUGUCUGUACAAACCCAAGCGAUGUUCAAUGCAGAGCCAAAGAAUAUCCAGAUACUGAAAUUACCAACCUUAACCAAACAAUAGAGUGUAGUCAAAGCAGAGGAUUAAUAUGCAAUAACCAGGACCAAGAAUCCAAGCAGUGCUAUAAUUAUGAAAUCAGAAUCUCAUGCUGCAGAUACAUACCAUGUUCAGAAGCACAAACUACAACACCCACAACCACAAGAGAAUUCACAACUACUGCUGUAGAAUCAACACCAUUUACAGUACAGACAACAAUAAUACCAACAACACAAAAACAAGAAAGUGAAGUAACAACAACACCAAUGAGAGAACGAGACAGAACGACUCCUCAGAGUGAAACAUCAGUAACAGCAACGACAACCCAAGUCUCAACAACAGGAUACCAAAUCACAACCACGACAGGAGGAACCUCCACUGUGGUAACCCAAGCUCCAUCAUCACCCAAUACUAUCUCCACUCUCCCAGGAUCAACACUACAAACAACACAUGGCACCAAAAUAACCUCCAGUACUACUGCCCUGCCAACACAAGGCACGACUAUCACUACACCUGGACCAAGAGUACCAACCCAAGGUACCACCAGUGCCAGCACCACCACAACUACUGGGGAAAGGAGCACUCUAUCUACAGAAGGAACUCUUCCAACAGUAUUAUCCACUGUUGCUAUUCAAACAACAUCAACAAUUGCUGCCUCCACCCCUGAAAUAAAAAUAAAAACCACAACAGGUACCACAGCUGGCCCCAGCACCACGGGCUCAGCUACCGAGGAAACAACCAUCAUCACUACCACCACCAGCACCUCUCCCCCUCAGACUGAAGGUACAACCAUCAUCAUCCCAACAACAACAAGAGAACCCACACCAGCCACAAGCACUGCCAGCACCUCCAGGACUACCGAGAGAAGCACCACAAGAGCCACUGCCACCUCUGCUCCAGGAGAAACCUCCACUGCGGCAACACAGGCUCCAACAUCUCCCACAACGCCCUCUGAAGUUAAAAUAAGAACCACCACAGGAACCACAGCUGGCCUCAGCACAACCACCACCACCCCACCCACAACAACUGGGCCCACGCCAGCCACCACCACAAUCCGCAUCUCCAAUAGCACAGACAACUGCGUGGUGGAGCACUGUGCCUGGACACAGUGGUUUAAUGUGGACUCCCCUACUCCAGGCAGCGAAAAUGGAGAUUCAGAGACAUUUGAAAACAUCAGAGCUGCUGGGUAUGAGUUGUGUGACAAGCCUCAAGACAUCAAGUGUCGAGCUAAAGACUACCCUGACUCAAUUGUAAAAAUAAUGGAACAGAAAUUUGAGUGCAGCCUUGACAGGGGGCUUGUGUGCAGAAAUAAAGACCAGACUCUCAAGUACCCCACGUGCUUUGACUACGAGGUCUCAGUGCUGUGCUGUGACCGAAAACACUGCCAGACCACAGUACCAACUGCAGCAACCACUGUAAGCACCUCCACAACACACAUCCCAGCAGAAACCACCACAAUAGCAACACGACCUGCAGCAACACCAACGGCUGUCCACACACUUCCACAGCAAGUAAUAACAACCACCGUAGGAACAACAAGUACCCUCUCACCACAAGGAACCACCAUCAUCACCCCAAGAUACACAGAGCCGAUGAAAAUAAAAACCACAACAGGCAACGCGGCUGUCCCCAGUACCACGGGCUCAGCUGGAGAGGAAACAACCAUCAUUUCUACCACCACCAGCACAUCACCCCCUCAGACUGAAGGUACAACCAUCAUCAUCCCAACAACAACAAGAGAGACCACACCAGCCACCAGCACUGCCAGCACCUCCAGGACUACCGAGAGAAGCACCACAAGAGCCUCUGCCACCUCUGCUCCAGGAGAAACCUCCACUGCGGCAACCCAGGCUCCAACAUCUCCCACAACACCCUCUGAAGUUAAAAUAAGAACCACCACAGGAACCACAGCUGGCCCCAGCGCAACCACCACCACCCCACCCACAACAACUGGGCCCACGCCAGGCACCACCACGAUCCGCAUCUCCAAUAGCACAGACAACUGCGUGGUGGAGCACUGUGCCUGGACACAGUGGUUUAAUGUGGACUCCCCUACUCCAGGCAGCGAAAAUGGAGAUUCAGAGACAUUUGAAAACAUCAGAGCUGCUGGGUAUGAGUUGUGUGACAAGCCUCAAGACAUCAAGUGUCGAGCUAAAGACUACCCUGACUCAAUUGUAAAAAUAAUGGAACAGAAAUUUGAGUGCAGCCUUGACAGGGGGCUUGUGUGCAGAAAUAAAGACCAGACUCUCAAGUACCCCACGUGCUUUGACUACGAGGUCUCAGUGCUGUGCUGUGACCGAAAACACUGCCAGACAACAGUACCAACUGCAGCAACCACUGUAAGCACCUCCACAACACACAUCCCAGCAGAUACCACCACAAUAGCAACACGACCUGCAGCAACACCAACGGCUGUCCACACACUUCCACAGCAAGUAAUAACAACCACCGUAGGAACAACAAGUACCCUCUCACCACAAGGAACCACCAUCAUCACCCCAAGAUACACAGAGCCGAUGAAAAUAAAAACCACCACAGGAACCACAGCUAUCCCCAGUACCACGGGCUCAGCUGGACAGGAAACAACCAUCAUUUCUACCACCACCAGCACCUCUCACCCUCAGACUGAAGGUACAACCACCAUUAUCUCAACAACAACACUGCCUACCCCUGCCACCACCACUGCCAGCAGCUCCACAACCACCUGGGAAAGCAGCACUCUAUCUACAGAAAAAACUCUUCAAACGGUAUUAUCCACUGUUGCUAUUCAAACAACAUCAACAAUUGCUGCCUCCACCCCUGAAAUAAAAUUGAAAACCACCACUGGCACAACGGUGGCCCCCAGCACCACAGGCUCAGCUGGAGAGGAAACAACCAUCAUUGCUACCACCACCAGCACCUCUCCCCCUCAGACUGAAGGUACGACCACCAUCACCCCACCCACAACAACAGUGCCUACCCCUGCCACCAGCACUGCCAGCACCUCCAGGACCAGUGCAGGAAGCACCACAAGAGCCUCUGCCACCUCUGCUCCAGGAGAAACCUCCACUCUGGCAACCCAGACUACAACAUCUCCCACAACACCCUCUGAAGUUAAGAUAAGAACCACAACACCCUCUGAAGUUAAAAUAACAACCACCAUAGGCACCACAGCUGGCCCCAGCACCACAGCCUCAGGUGGAGAGGAAACAACCAUCAUCACUACCACCACCAGCCCUUCCUCCACUUCACCUGAAAUAAGAUUAAUAACCACUUCUGGCCCCUCAUCUGUGCUCACUACAACUCUUCCUCAGUCUGGAAUUACCACAGGUAAAUUCUUAUAA